AAGUCACCUGAAGCAAUGCUGUGGUCGGCUCUCAGUCACCCGCUGUGGGCCGCGCUCACGGCGCUGCUGGCCGCCGCCAUGCGCCUGCAGCGCAGAGGACCGUGGCUCCCAGGAGCCUGCACCGUGCGGCUGGCCGGGAAGACGGCGCUGGUGACCGGGGCCAACACAGGGAUCGGGAAGUGCAUCGCCUUGGACUUCGCCCGUCGGGGGGCUCGUGUUAUCCUGGCCUGUCGGAGCGAAGCCCGCGGCUCAGCGGCCCUAAAGGAGAUCAGGGACAAGACCGGAAACGCCGACAUCCACCUGCGCCUGGUGGACCUGUCUUCUCUGGACUCCGUCAGGGCUUUUGCAAAGAGGAUCCUAGCAGAGGAGAAACAUCUCCACAUCCUCGUCAACAAUGCGGGAGUUUCAGGUUUACCCAAACAGAUAACCAAAGAUGGGUUGGAGGUUUCCUUUGUCACCAACCACCUGGGACCGUUCCUCCUCACCAACCUGCUGCUGGACCUGAUGAAGCGCUCGGCUCCAGCGCGCAUCGUCACCCUCGCCUCGGUCAACCACAAGAAGGGUCAAGUGGACUUCUCUCAUUUCCGUGGCGAGAACCUCACGCACCACAUGGACAACAUCUACAACCACACCAAGCUGCACAACGUCAUCUGUACCAAGGAGUUCGCACGCCGGCUGGAAGGGACAGGUGUCACAGCUAACUCGGUCCACCCCGGUGUCGUGAUGACUGACGUCUUGAGACAUUAUUCGCUUCCGUUACGGUUCAUUUUCAAGCUGGUUGGAUUCUUCUUCUUCAAGUCUGCAGAGCAGGGGGCAGCCAGCCCGAUCUACUGCUGCGUGUCGGAGGAGAUGGGCGGAGUCACGGGGAAGUACUGUGACAGCGACUGCAGCCUGGCGCUGCCCUCGCCUCUCGCUCGAGACGCCGCCCUCGGGGUCAAGGACUUCGAGGUCAGCGAGAGGCUGACGUCGACGCUCUGAGCGCACUAUCGGGAGAACGAGGCGUGGCAACAGGAAGCGCUCCAAUUCCACUUCCUGUUGCCCUUGAGUGCACAUGUGUGACCCAGGUGUCCCCAGCAGAGGAGCGUCUGCAGCCAGUGAGGAUCUCCUCAGAGCGUGACUUCACCAGCGGCUGCAGAGACACGCCAUGGGACCCGAUCACUUGCUUUAUUGAUUCUUUAACACACAGUCAUUGGAGCCUCGUUGCUUCACAGUUUGUCCAGCAGUUCGUCUCCUGGUGUCUUCAAGCUAUUUGGCUGCAGAGAGUUUAAAAACAGUCACAGGAGGUUUGAAUCGUAGAUCACUUGUUCGUCUGCUGAUCCUCUCAAUAAAUACAGCAAGAAACAA